AGGGGAUCCGGUUCCCCGCUCAACAGCUGUUCCGCCGGUUCCCGGAUCCGGUUCCUCUGAGCAAGUGUCACCACCUCGCCCCCGUCUCGCCGCGCCAAGUCUCGUCGUAGCGUCUCAACGCCUCUCCUCUCUCUCCCUCUGCUUGCAGCCGAAACAACUCCUAGCGCGUGCUGCGGUUGCAGUGGUUGGUGGUGGUGGGUAUCGUGGCCUCGCUGGCUAUGCCGCGGCGGCGGCGUACGGGCCGCUCUGUUGCAUCCGCACCGCGCGGACGCCGCUGCUGCUGCCGCUGCUGCUGUGGGUUCGCUGUGGGGUGCAUUCGCGUUCGAAGCCUGGCACCGAACCUCGGCGUUUAAACGCCGCCGUAUCCCGCGCCCGGCUACUCGCGGGUCGGUCCGUGGUCGGGAAUUCGCCCGAAGAAGCCUGCACGGCCUGGAAGGUGGCGGAAGGUGUGAAGACGACAAAAGGUUAACACUGGCCACACCGCUGUCUGCCGUGCGUCCGCUCAAGAAUUUAUUCUGCGCCCUUGAAGGCAUUUGGUGGCGACUAAAACAGAGAUGGGCUUCGGGCUGUACAUGCAGCAGUCGCACGAUGCGCUGGUCACACAGCAGGAGUGCGAGAUGCGGCUGCUGGAGGCCGUGCGCAAGCAUGUGGCGACGCGCGCCAAGAUCGACCGUGACUACGCGGCCCAGCUGCAGCACCUGUGCGCCCAGACAGAGCGCCCUGACCUCAGCCACGUCAGCCAGGUCGCCAAGUCGUGGGCGAGCAUGGUGCAGCAGACGGAAGCGCUGGGCAAGGCGAUGCGCCGGCAGUCGGAGGAGUUGACGACAGGGCCGCUCAGCAAAAUUGCGACGCUCAUCCGAGACAAGCAGCAGCUCAAGAAGAGCUAUAUGGAGUCGUACCAGCAACUACGCCUAAACCUCAACAAGGUGACGGUGACUGACAUGGAGAAGGUGAAGGGCCAAUACAGGCAGGCGUGUAAGGACGCCUCGGCCAUCAAGCGCAAAUACGGCGAGGCGGUCACCAAAGGAGGUGCCAAGGAGGCGGAGAAGGUGCGCGAUAAGUUGGUGAAGGCAACGCUGAAGCUGCACUCGCUGCACAACGCCUACGUGCUCUGCGUGCGCGGAGCCCAGCUGCAUCGCGAGGCCUAUUGCAGCAGCACCCUGCCGCAGCUGCUCGACUCCCUGCAGCACCUGCAGGAGGACGCUGUCGCGGUGCUCAAAGAGUGUCUACUCGACUACCUGCAAAUGACGAGCCUGGUGCGCGACGAGGUGGUGAGGAUGCAGCAGAGCAUGGCCGAGGCGGUGGCCCUCAUAGACCCCGGCACGGAGUACGACAGCUUCAUCCAGCAGCACAGCUCCCAACCGCUGCACCUGGCUGGUGUGGAGUUUGACGUGAGCAUCACGGAGGACGGACCUGAGGGCCUGGAGCCCAACCAGAUCGUGCUCAACGAGCUCACGCUUGAAGACCUGCAGCACAGGCUCACACAGCUGUCGGAGGAAGUGGAGCAGCUCGGCAAGACAAAGGCUCAGCGCACGGAGCAAAUCGCCGAGCUGGAGCAUGAGAUCAACAAGCUGCUGGGAGCAACGCAGCUCAACUACCGCACCGAUGUGCGGCUGCUGUGCAAGAAAGCAGCGCUACAGGAAUGCCGCCAGGGCGUGCUGCAGUUGGAGGGCGAGGAGGCGCGCGUGCUGGGCCAGCGCGACGCCAUCCAGGACAAGCUGGAGUGGCUGGGCGAUGCCGAGCCGCCCCCCGUCAUAGGCCUGUCGUGCCAGGAAGACGCGGGCAGGGCAGGAACGCUCCCAUCGCCGUCGCACUCUCAGAACUCGCUGCACGUGGAUGGGAUGAAGGCGAUGACCCUGGAUCUCAAGCAGUCCAUCACGGGGAUAUUUAAGUUCUCAAAGCCAACGCCGUCGCCCACAAACAAGGCGGUGCCGACGCGCCCGCUGGAUGCGCAGGAGUGGUUCCACGGUGCCAUCCCGCGGCAGGAGGCCCAGCGGCUGGUGAGCUCCGAGGGGGACUUCCUGGUGCGCGAGAGCCACGGAAAGCCGGGCGAGUACGUGCUCUCCGCCAUGACGGGGGGCCAGUGCCGCCACUUCAUCAUACAGAAUACCGACAACUUGUUCAAGUUUGAGGGCGAGGGCUAUUCAUCCAUCGUGCAGCUCAUCGAGCACCACGUCUCCUCAAAGCAGGUGGUCACAAAGAAGUCCCGUGUCGUGCUUGUGCGGCCCAUCGGCAAGGACAAAUGGAUUUUAAAUCAUGACGACAUUGUCCUCCAGGAGAAGCUUGGACGGGGAAACUUCGGGGAGGUUUACAAGGGCCUGCUCAAGCCAGAGAACGUGAGCGUGGCCGUGAAGACAUGCCGGGACAACCUGCCCACGGACAUGAAACACAAGUUUCUCAUGGAAGCUCGGAUUCUCAAGCAGUACGACCACCCCAACAUUGUCCGCCUCAUCGGAGUGUGCACGCAGAAACACCCCGUCUACAUCGUCAUGGAGCUUGUGCAAGGUGGUGACUUCCUGUCAUUCCUGCGGAAGGACACUUCACGUGUCCUCACGCAGCAGCAGCUCGUGAAGAUGAUGGAGCAGGCGGCAGCUGGCAUGACAUACCUGGAGGGGAAGAACUGCAUACAUCGUGACCUGGCGGCGCGGAACUGCCUGGUGGGCGAUGCGAUGUCUCUGAAGAUCAGCGACUUCGGCAUGUCGCGCGAGGAGGAGGACGGGGUCUACUCGGCCUCCGGGAGCCUACGGCAGGUCCCCAUCAAGUGGACGGCACCCGAGGCCCUCAACUUCGGCACAUUCUCCACGUGUAGCGACGUGUGGAGUUUCGGCGUGCUGCUGUGGGAGACGUUCAGCCUGGGCAGCAUGCCCUACCCCGGCAUGACUAACCAAGAGGCGCGCGAGCAGGUGGAGCGUGGCUACCGGCUGGAGGCCCCAGAGAAAUGCCCACGGGAGGUUCACCAACUCAUGCUGCGUUGCUGGCAGUAUGAGCCCAAGCAGCGGCCUCGCUUUUCCGACCUUCAGCGCGAGCUCUCCUCCCUCAGCAAAAAAUACUUUGCGUGAGCUGGCCCCUCGCCCGCCCUCUUAAUCGCCCGCCCGCCUGCCUGCCGCCCGCCCGGCUCGCCCGAUUUGUUCCCUCUUUCAGUCGCCUGUUCACUUAUUCGCUCUACUUUUCACUUGUUUGUUAAUUGCACUCAUUCAUUCAUUGGCUCGCAUCCGUGUUCAUUUGUUUCUGCUCAAACUUGAUAUGGAGCUUUCGUGACUGCAGGAAUUUAUCUUUAGUUCUUUGGGUAAAGUCACGUAGAAAUAUAUUUUUUUUUAAUAGCAUAUGACGUUUCGAUUGCAACACAAGCAAUCAUCAGGUACAAAUGAAAGAGAAAACAAACCUAGUAAACUUAGAAAUAUAAUCCAUUACAACACAGAGAAUCGGCUACCAUAACAGUCAACACCCUACCUGGUUGAUUACGUUCUUCCAAAGAUUGCUAAAUUUGAGAGAGAGACAAAACACAGACACUCAGACACAAAGACAGACACAUAAGAGAGAGAUAACACAGAGA